UUGACUGUUUGUUCCCAGGGUGACAGCCCSACCGAUGAUACGGGUAGUUGAACAGCAGUAACAGGUAACCAUGCCGGUUCUUAUAAAGGGAGGACCACCGUUGUAAUCUGUAGAUGACUUAAUAAACCGGUACCAGUCCGUCCAGCUGCUGUCGUAAACGGACCAUUAGCUUACCGUGUCAUUAUGUGGGUCUUCGGUUACGGCUCCCUGAUUUGGAAAGUGGACUUCCCGUACGAGGAGAAGAGAGUCGGUUACAUAAAGGGCUUCAGCCGCCGGUUCUGGCAGGGAAGCACCGAUCACCGUGGAGUACCGGGAAAGCCCGGCCGUGUUGUUACUCUGGUAGAGGAUCCUGAGGGGUGCGUUUGGGGCGUGGCCUACAAGCUGCCGACGGGCCAGGAGCAGGAAGUCAAAUGCUACCUCGACUAUCGCGAAAAAGGAGGCUACCAGGUCAUCACGGUGACCUUCUACCCCCGUCCCGAGUCCAACCACUCACCAAGCCCGACGUUGCUCUACAUCGGCAACGACGACAACCCCAACUACCUCGGACCCGCGCCCUUGGAGGACAUAGCCAACCAGAUCCUGAACUCCACCGGUCCGAGUGGGAGAAACACGGAGUACCUGUUCCAGCUGGCUGAGGCAGUCAGGACUAUCAUGCCCGAGGAYCCAGACAGACACCUGUUUUCCCUUGAAGCAAUAGUGCGGGAACGGCUACAAAAGCGCCAACAAACACCGGCCAUAGAAUGUCAAGAGUAAAUAAAACGUGCUGUAGCAGGUAUUUAUUGAGGAGACCACUUUUGWCAAGUGUCGAUSGGGCUGAUAUGUAGGAAACGAAAUCAGGUUUUGUUUUUGAAACAAAUGUUCAGCUCAAUAGGAUUGUAAUAUUACUGAAAACAAAUUUUACAAUAAUGGGUUUUGCUGCAUGUUUACAAGACAUUACCAACUCAUGACUCACAAUAUAUGUUCUUAAUAAAAGCAAAGAAAGUAAGAA